AUCCAAGGGAGACAGUGACAUCUGCAGAGAGCGGCCGAUAUUACGUACAGCCGUUCCAACGUGUUCCCAGUUACCUCUGCUCUUAUAAAAAAUAUGCCGGUAUAUUAUACCGGCUUCAACGCUAGUCCCCUGUUUUCCGAUCAGGAUGGAAUCACAACGUCAAUAUCGCGGUUGACCGAAAUUCCAUUUUCUGAAAUCACAAAUAUCGAAAUAGGUUGGAAUUAUUUUCUUUUAUGGCGGGGCACUAAAUUGUACAUCACUGGAAAGAUCAGUGAAAAUAACGAGAGAAACGGUCCUCAUUUAAUACAAGUUCCACAGGAAUCAUCAGGCAGUUGUAAAAUAGCUAUCGCUGGUCGGGACAGCGUAAUUAUUUUGUCAACGCUUAACGAAAUUUGGAAGUACAAAAUAUAUGACGGCUCUUGGCAAAAAGUGACCCCCUUUAUUCCCAAUAAUGAUAACUUGCAGACCGAAUAUGCCAUCAAAAUGUCACAAGCGGGAUGUACAGUGGUACUGACUAAUUUAGGACGCGUUUUCAACGCUCCAGUCUUGGCCGAGAUGCCGAAGAGAGUCAAGUUUGUUGACAUUGCCAGCGGUUUCGACCACACCAUUCUGCUGGCGGAGAACGGCGACGUUUAUUCGAUGGGAAUGGGAACACGCGGUCAGUUGGGGCACAACGAUUUGGAAGAUUACGAUAACCCGAGGCUGAUCGAGGCUCUGGCAGGUUUGAAGGUCGCACAGAUAUCGGCAGGUGGAUGGCACAGCGCCGCAGUGACCGACCAAGGCGAUCUGUAUACCUGGGGAUGGAAUACCAACGGAGAACUAGGGAUCGAAAGCGAGGACACGAAAGUACACGCGGUUCCAAUCUUGAUUAAUGUCAACGAAGAAAUGAACGUAAUGAGCGUCGAGUGCGGGAACUCCUUUACUAUUUGUUUGACGGACGACGGGUCCUUUUGGGGCUGUGGCACUAAUAAAUAUGGCCAGUUGGGGAAACUUCACCAGGGCUCUGGCAAUCCUCGUAAUUUCGUUCGAUUGGACACCGGAGCGCUAGAUCCUAAAACAGUGAGAAGAUUUAAGUGUCACGAAUGGGGCACGGCGAUAACCACGGGGAUGGAGUGACGUUGUACUUUUGCUGUCAAAUAAAUUUUUUCUCAGUCGUG